GGCCAAGGUUGUUCAAUGUGUAUGUCGCGACUAGACUAACGCGGUCAAAUAUAUCUUCACGAAAUUUUAACAUCCGCGUCAUUUCUAGGACACCCAUUACAUUCUUGAACUAAAAUAUAAUUGUACCGUUUUGUAUACGUACAGACAACCCAGUCAAUAUUGUAUUAGUUUUCGCUUCGCAAAUCGUGCACGACCCGACACUGCGUUGUUGGAAAACUGGUGACGAACUCAAGAGGCAAGGUAACGUGUGUCUGUAAUAUUUGCGUCAGUGUUCGCCGGACCGCCACAGCGAGCUGACGCGUCGUAGGCCCACUCCACGCCUCGCGAUCUAUAUCACGCGGAAUAACAUACAACCUAAAAUUAUCUUUUUAUAGUAUUUCUCCAGAUCAUCAAUAAAUUACUAGUCGACUGUACUUCAUUGUGUAUGCUGCGAUUAAUUAAAAACUUCUGCACCAUGAAACCACCAGUUAACGCCGCACUUCUCCACGAUGUGGACAUACCAACAAAGAAGGCAACCUUCGGUAUGGGCUGCUUUUGGUCCAACGACUCGUUGUUCGGCGUGACCCCGGGCGUGGUGCGGACCCGCGUCGGCUACUCCGGCGGCACUACCAAGAACCCCCGUUAUAGAAACCUUGGAGACCACACGGAGGUGAUCGAGCUGGACUUCGAUCCGAAGACGGUCACUUAUGAAGAUCUCCUGGACAUGUUCUGGGCGAACCACGAGUAUGGACUAACUACCAAGCUAAAGAGACAGUACCAGUCCUUGAUCCUGUAUCAUGACGAGGAGCAGCGCGAUGCUGCCCAGGCAUCGUACAAAGUGAUGCAGGAACGGUGCAACGGACAGCUGCGGACCGAGAUCGCGCCAGCUUCCACCUUCUUCCCCGCUGAAGACUACCAUCAGAAAUACAGACUGCAAGGCCACAAGGACUUCUGCCAGAGCCUAGGGAUCGACGCCACUCGGCUGCAGACGUCGCACUUGGCUGCCAGACUCAACGGGUACCUAGUGGGCGUCGGUGGUAGGACACAGUUUGAACAAGAAGUCCAGCGACUUGGGCUCACUGAGAAACAGGCUGAGUAUGUGCGGCGAGAGCUGGAGCGCAACGAGGGAGGUGGCCUAGCAUGCUAGCUGCAAAAUCUUAAUUAUAAUUAAACAAAAUAUAAGUAGACUAACAGCUGUAUUCAAGAACGACUCGGCAAAAUGUUCUUUAGUGUCAUGGUCAUGUGGUCUUUGACGCCAAUCCCCCUGUACACGACGUGUCGUGAGUUUCUAUCCUUGAGAUCAAGCGUUUGUGACAUCCACGAAUGGUUUUUUUUAUAUCUCGGUGUCUUUGUGCAUACGACAUGAAUGUUUGUACAAACCCCCGCGAUACAAGGAUUAAAUUCCUUACUGCGGAAGUCGUUUAAUAAAUCAGUGGAAUGUAGAGGCAACUUGUAAGACUCGCUUAACGAAAUGUUAGUUCUUGUAUACAGCUGAACCUUGAAAUUGUUAGUAGGUAGUUAGUAAUUGUUUAAAAAUUCCAUUAUACCUGAUUAAGUGACGAUUCAAAUUAAACUUAUUUUGAGGAGUUCUACAGUUUCCUUUCUGGUAAUUAUAAUAGAAUAUUGAAUUAGGUAUUCGUAAAUGACUAAAAAGAAACUCAGGAAGAAAAUAGGGAUUCCUGAUGGCAAUUUUAUUUAUAAAGUUAAGAUGUGUCAACCUCGGUAUGUAAUACACAUCUUGAUUUAUUAAAAAAAUGCUAGUAAUGAUCUUUAUGUAUGAGCCAAAUUUGCAAAUGGACCCAAAUUCUUGUUUAAAUAUUAGUUCAAAUAAAAACGCAGCAUUUUAUAUCUAGCUAAUAGAAUUUCAUUAAAGUACACUAAUUAGUUUUUAAGUUAGUAUAAGAACUUUAUCUCAUUAUCAUUUUUAGUUUUUUGGAGAUAUUAAAAAAAAUGUUUUUCGUCGUCAUCUUCAUGUUGCAGUAUUAAGUUUUUUGUUAAUGUAUGUUAUUUUAUGGUGUAAUGUUAAAUUUAGUGAUAUUAAGAUAAAUGUAUUUUCGAAGU